AUGUCCAGCCACAGCGCUUUACUAGACCUGCCCGCCGAACUCCGUGUGCACAUCUUCGAGUACGUCUUCGAGGAAACUCACUGUCAAAAACCUCUAUUCGUCCUCGACGAAAUCUACGUCCAAUCCAGCGGAGAGGGAUCUCUCACGGCUACAGCCAUCCUCCUCACGUGUCGACUGAUUUACAAAGAAUGUCUUCCAUUGCUGUAUCAGAACACUGCGGUGGAACUGAGCCUUCGGUGUGAAGAAAACACCAAUGAGUCUCUCACGACCUUGAUCGACCUAGGCACCAUUGAGGACUGCGGAAUCCUCCCCCGUCUUCGCCACAUCGAGCUCGAAGUCACUUUUGAUGCCCACGACGAGGCCUCAAUCUCCAGAACCAAAGCACGACUGCAAAACUUCUCCAAAGUACUAAACACGCACGGCAAACUCAAAACCCUCAACCUCACCUUUCUCCAAUCCGGCAAGCACUACCGCGGCGACGAAUUCUCCGGCGACGUCCUAGUCGACCAAGCGAUGGCGAUGAAACGCGAUCAAGUAUUCGAAGUCAGUCGGAACAUCGCCGCGAGGUUUGCGAUGAGCAACGGCAAGUGGACGGCGUUGAGGGCUUUGGCGGACAACUACCGCGAGGGAGAGAGGGAAUCUUAUCAGGAGAUCUCGCUGGAUUAUUGGGAUCGUGUGUUUCCGGAGAAGGUGGGGAGUGGUGAGGCAGAGUGA